AUGCCUCCAAAACAACCCAACAUCAUCUUCAUCAUGGCAGAUGACCAUGCAUCAAAGUCAAUUUCUUGCUACGGAGCUGGUAUCAAUCAUACACCAAACCUCGAUCGCAUAGCCAAGGAAGGCAUGCUGUUCAACCACUGCUAUGUGACCAACAGCAUCUGCACUCCAUCGCGAGCAGCUAUUCUCUGUGGUACUCACAACCACGUCAAUGGUGUCAUGACGCUCGAUUCCAAACUCAACAAGCAUCUACCCAAUGUGGCCAAGCAUCUCAGGACGGGAGGCUACCAGACAGCAAUGGUCGGCAAAUGGCAUCUCGGCGAGGGCAAAGCCCACGAGCCUACUGGCUUUGACUACUGGAGCGUCGUACCCGGCCAGGGCGAGUACUGGGACCCAGAGUUUAUUGAAGCGACUGGUACUGAGCGCAUACCUGGGUAUUGUACUGAUAUCAUCACUGACAAGUGCAUGGACUGGAUGAAGGUGAGAGACACGCAGAAGCCAUUCUUCUUAAUGUGUCACCACAAGGCUCCCCACCGCAGUUGGGAAUGCGAUGAGAAGCACAAAGACCUAUACAAGGAUCCCGUGAAGCUACCCGACACCUUUACGGACGACUACAAGAACCGCGCAAAGGCGGCCAAAGUGGCCAAGAUGCGUAUAGCCGAGGACCUCACCUACAACGACUUGGGCAUCGCCCAACCCGAGGGACCUAGUGGUCGCAUCGGCAAGAAAAUGGUCGACAUGUGGUGGUGGAACGACCGCAAGAUUCCCUCUCCGGAAGACGUGUCAAGCAUCCGACUAGUCGACAAGCACGACGGCACCAUCUUCACCUUUGAGUCCAAGGAGAAAUUUGCAGAGUGGAAGUUCCAACGGUACAUGCAACGAUAUCUGCGCACUAUCCAGUCCAUAGAUGAUAACGUCGGACGAAUGCUCGACUUUCUCGAUGCCGAAGGGUUGACCGACGAUACCAUUGUCAUCUACACCUCGGACCAGGGCUUCUUCCUCGGCGAGCACGGUUGGUUCGAUAAGCGCUUCAUGUACGAGGAAAGCUUCCAGAUGCCGUUUUUGAUUCGCUAUCCACAGGAGAUCAAGGCCGGGUCAACGUGCAAUGACAUUAUAUGCAACGUGGAUUUUGCUCCGACAUUCUUGAGCUUUGCCGGCCUUUCUGCCCCGAAUUACAUGCAAGGGGUAGAUUUUCGCCCACUUCUUCGGGGAGAAACGCCUUCAGACUGGCAAGGAGUUGCAUACCACCGUUAUUGGAUGCACAACGACAUCAUCCACAAUGCCUAUGCUCAUUACGGGUGUCGCGACCAGCGGUACAAGCUCAUCUAUUGGUACAAUGAAGACUUUGGUCUGGAAGGCGCAAGACCUGGCGGGGAAGAAGACAAGGAGUGGGAGUUGUUUGAUUGCCAGGAAGAUCCACUGGAGCUAUUCAACGUCUAUCAUGACGCGAAGUAUGCAGAUGUGGUCAAGAUGAUGACCAAGAAGUUGGAAGAUAAGAUGCGUGAGAUUGGAGAUACGCCCGUACAUUAG